AGAUCUCCUUGAUAUAUAUCUAUAUAUUUUUUUUUUUCCCUUCCAAAUAUUAGUGUUAUCGCCACACUCUUUGAUUUUUAGCUAUUACAAGACUUUUUUUAUUUCCAGAUGUUAGUCCACACCUAUUCCGCCAUGGACCGGCAUGAUGGAGUGCCCAGCCACAGUUCCAGGCUGUCCCAGCUGGGAUCCGUCUCCCAGGGACCCUACUCCAGCGCUCCUCCGCUCUCUCACACCCCGUCCUCGGAUUUCCAGCCGCCUUAUUUCCCACCCCCCUACCAGCCUCUUCCUUACCACCAAAGCCAGGACCCUUACUCCCAUGUCAAUGACCCCUACUCCCUAAACCCCUUGCAUCAACCCCAGCAGCACCCCUGGGGACAGAGGCAGAGGCAAGAGGUUGGAUCAGACACCGGGUCACUGCUGCCACAGCCUCGGGCCGCCCUGCCCCAGCUCUCGGGACUGGACCCCAGGCGGGACUACCACUCGGUACGGCGACCAGAUGUCCUGCUGCACUCAGCUCACCAUGGCCUUGACUCCGGCAUGGGGGACAGCCUUUCCCUGCACGGCAUCGGGCACCCGGGGAUGGAGGAGGUACAGUCAGUUGAAGAUGCCAAUAACAGCGGUAUGAACUUAUUGGACCAGUCUGUCAUUAAAAAAGUUCCAGUCCCUCCAAAAUCCGUUACUUCUUUGAUGAUGAAUAAAGAUGGCUUCCUGGGUGGAAUUUCGGUCAACACCGGAGAGGUGUUCUGCUCUGUCCCCGGCCGUUUGUCUUUGCUUAGUUCAACUUCCAAGUACAAAGUAACAGUGGGAGAAGUUCAAAGACGCCUUUCUCCCCCCGAGUGUCUGAACGCAUCCCUGCUAGGAGGAGUGCUGAGAAGAGCCAAAUCGAAAAACGGGGGGAGAUCUUUGCGAGAAAGGCUAGAAAAAAUCGGUUUGAAUUUACCAGCCGGCAGGCGUAAGGCUGCAAAUGUCACUUUACUCACCUCCCUGGUGGAAGGUGAGGCUGUUCAUUUAGCCCGGGAUUUUGGGUACAUCUGCGAAACGGAGUUCCCAGCCAAGGCUGUUUCUGAAUACCUGAACAGACAGCACACAGACCCCAGCGACCUCCACUCCAGGAAAAACAUGCUGCUUGCUACAAAGCAACUUUGUAAAGAAUUUACAGAUCUCUUGGCCCAGGACAGGACACCCAUUGGAAACAGUCGACCCACCCCUAUUUUGGAACCAGGCAUUCAGAGCUGCUUGACUCACUUCAGUCUCAUCACUCACGGCUUUGGGGCUCCCGCUAUCUGCGCCGCCCUCACGGCCCUCCAAAACUACCUGACUGAAGCUCUCAAAGGCAUGGACAAGAUGUUCUUGAACAACAACACUGCUAACAGGCACACAUCUGGCGAAGGACCAGGUAGUAAAACCGGAGACAAGGAAGAGAAACACAGAAAAUGA